CAUUUGCACCCCUGCUAUCCCAAUCCUUCAAGCCCAACCUCUGUCUUAUCUUAUAUACAAGUAUCGACAACUCUCGCCAGAUUUGACUCUGCAUACUCGAACAACUUUGCAUGCAACUCAACAAUGCUCUCAAUCACCACCCAGUCUACGAACCGCCAACCGCGGAAAUGGACGCCAGAAGAGGACCACAAAUUGCGCAACGAAGUGGAGGCACAGUUAGCUAGCGGUGAAGCAAAAGAUUGGUGCAGAAUCUCUAUGAAGCUUCCAGGAAGAACAAACAAAGACUGCCGUAAGAGAUGGCACAACUCGGUCGCUGGAGGGUUGAAGAAGGGCCAGUGGUCCAAGAGUGAAGACCGACAACUUGCCAAAGGUGUCGAACGAUAUGGCCAAAGAUGGACCCUAGUUGCGGACGUUGUCCACUCGAGAAGUGCUGACCAGUGUGCAAAACGCUGGCAACAGUCUCUGGACCCGUGUCUGGAUCACAGCGAAUGGCGCGAAUCCAAGGACAAGUUACUCAUUGAGGCUGUCCAGCGUCAUGGGCGACACUGGAAAGAUAUCCAACAUCACUAUUUUCAAGGACGAUCAAAGAACGACAUCAAGAACCGAUACACUGUACUGAUCCGUCGCUAUCAAAACAAGGGCAUUGUCUUGCCACAAUCUGCAGCCACGCCUGAGCCCAACGAAGCUGGCAGCCACAACCCCAAGCAGAUCGAUACGUUUUCUUUUGCCUCCGAUAUCGCCGACGAUGUAUUUCUCAGCAGCACACCAAUCUCGAGUCCAGAGUUCGAAGGCGCUCCAUCUAACGAAUCCAUUACCUGGGACACGCCUCCUCCGUACAUUACACUCGGUAGUAGCAUACCAGACUAUCCGACCAUACAUCAGCAGCCGACUUCAGCCAUAAGCCAUGACGCGCAAUGGAGUUGGAACCCCCCAACCAUGAACCAGCCUGUACCACUGCAAAGCACCUCGUCGAACAACUACGCACACUUUGAUCACGCCGCUACGUACGCAUCUUACGACCCUUAUGCCAGUCUGUCAGCGACACAUAGUCCAGCGCUAAGCCAUCAGUUUGAUCCAUGGGACAGCCACAUACUGACGAGCUCACCCUCUGCCACUUCGGCUGCGUCUGCGCACCCUGACUUGCAGAGCAUUCCCCAAUACGCAUUUCAAAGCCAGCACAUGCAGAGUAAUUACCCUUACCACCAGUUACCGCCACAUCACAGACCACUCUAUAAUAGCUAG